AUGGCCUUCGACCCUCACAAUGUCGACCUCGACACUGCCGACCCAACGGAGAUUGUCUGCUACCUCAAUGCUUCAAGCAAUGACUACAAUGGCCAGCUCGGCGCGCGUAUCUCCGCCAUCUUCGUCAUCGGCAUUGUCUCCUCCAUUGCAACAUUCUUCCCCGUGGUAGCUCAACGGGCUCCACGUUUCCGCGUUCCGCUCUACGUCUAUCUCUUUGCCAAGUACUUUGGUGCUGGUGUUAUCGUCGCAACGGCCUUCAUCCAUCUCCUCGACCCUGCCUACGAAGAGAUUGGCCCGGCUAGCUGUGUAGGCAUGACAGGACACUGGGCCGAUUACUCCUGGUGCCCGGCCAUCGUCCUCACCUCGUUGAUGAUCAUCUUCCUCAUGGACUUCGGCGCUGAGCGCUAUGUCGAGAAGAAGUACGGUCUCUGCCGUGAUGAUCCCGAGCCUAUCAUGGCUACUGGUGUGGAACCUCAAGCUGACGCGCGCCGACUUUCUGCCCACGGCCAGGCUAUUGAUCGUCCUCGUUCCGCUGAUAAGAACAACAAGCAAAUGAAGGAGCUCGAGUCGCAAUCCGAUCUUGAAGAAGCGACCAUCGAGCGCUCCUUCCAACAGCAGAUCGCCGCUUUCCUGAUCCUGGAAUUUGGUGUCAUCUUCCACUCCGUUAUCAUCGGCUUGAACCUCGGUGUCACCGGUGACGAGUUCGCUACUCUUUACCCCGUCCUCGUCUUCCACCAGUCAUUCGAGGGUCUGGGUAUUGGUGCUAGAAUGUCUUCCAUCCCCUUCAAGAAGGGUAGCUGGCUGCCCUGGAUCCUGUGCACAGCCUACGGCCUCACAACCCCCAUCGCCAUCGCCAUCGGUCUCGGUGUGCGUACCACCUACAACUCUGGGUCGUUCACUGCGAACGUGGUGUCUGGUGUUCUCGAUGCGAUUUCCGCUGGUAUCCUGAUCUACACUGGUCUUGUUGAGCUACUCGCUCGCGACUUCUUGUUCGACCCCCACCGCACCCAGGAUGACAAGCGUCUUACUUUCAUGGUCUGCUCGUUGCUCCUCGGUACGGGAAUUAUGGCUUUGCUUGGAAAGUGGGCUUAA